AUACAAGGUCCCUGUAAGAAAAGGGCCUAAGGUCUUCGGUGUUCAUGUGUCACAGGAACCAAGAUUACAGGAGUUGAUCCAAAAGUUAAAAGAACUUGGGAACCGUAAGUCGCGGGAGAAAGGAAGAAAGAUCCCCAGCGUGAAGUGAAGUGAAGUGAUCGUUAGAAUUUCCCCAGAUGUUGUUGGAGAUUUUCCCGGGGCUCGGACAAAUCGGAAUACUGAGUGCAUACAUAUUUUAGUGAUUUCCAGUGAUGUUGAUCGAAAUUGGAAUGGCUUCAACGAGUCGCUGAGGUGGUACUGGAACACGAUCAUUUGUUUAGUUCUACAACCCCUCCCGCUUCCCCUUACGACGUUUCUGUUUUACGCUUGUGUUUUUGCAAUGUUUUUGCUCCAACAGUGAAAAGAGAAUGAGAGUUGUCAGAGGCCUAGCAAAAGCAUGGCAUUAGGCAGACCUUCGGCAACCUGUAUCCUUUUUAUUAAUCUUCACUCGGCAGCACCAGACCUUAGCCAUUCCGGGAUGCUAACGGCCAACGAAAUAGCAUACCUGCCCCAACGCAACCAUAUUUUGACGUUAUAAUAGACCAAGAAUCCUAAUCGAAGGAGUGGACUGCGUUACAUGCACAACGGACAUUUGACCCUUCAUUGUUUUCCAACCACUGCGGGAGACUGUGUGUCGCAAAAGUCUUACAGAUAUGUUCAGUUGUUGUAAUACUUACAAAACAACGAAAAGAUAUUUUUAUAUAUUUUUCCACAUAUCAUAUGGAAUAGCUCGAAUAUGCUACGAGAGCGGAGACGACAUGCUAAUUAUAAACCCAAUCGGAGAUUAGAUCGGAAAUCGUCGCGCGGCAUGAUCUACGAAAAUGAAGAGCUGAGACUACGCACUAUCAAUAUAAACGCUGAAGUGGAAAGGGGACAAUCAGACAUCCGAAAACUACGCCGUGAAAAUGAACAGCUCAAACGUGAGAUAUGGUCGUUGCGGGACGAAUACGAGCGCAUCAACAAAAAGAUGUGCUCCAACCGAAAUUGUAGCAGUUGUGAACAUAUUUCCAACAGCGACAGCCAAAGUGAGGACUCAGAGUACUGCGAAGCAUGCAGAGAGAGUGAACCGCGCGCUUCAUCAUUCGAUAGUACAUGCCAACACCGGGAUGAACAGGAAAAACAGGACAAGGGCAAUUUAUCUAUACAUUCCACACAAGUACCAAGUGCUGGACUAGCAGGAUCAACAUCUUUUGGGGCCAACAGUAGUAAAGAAAUCGCCGAGAACUAUGAGAAUGCACAAAAGACCUUGGCCCAGCCAAACGCCCCGGCAGCUGCGACAUCAUCACCCACACCACCAACAUCUAGUUCGGGGUCUCUGUCAACAUUUGUACCAGCAGCCUCAACAGCAUCUGGACCGCCUCCAACAAUGACACUGAGUAGCAAACACAACUGCAAGGUGCCACCGUCCGUUGACAGUGUUAGUAGCAAAUUGCGUGAAAAUUUGCAUGUUAAUUUCGGCCAACUAUCAGUGCUUUCCGAGGAAAAUCUGACUAAUAGUGACGGUGCAUCGUCCGUGAAUGGCGACCAAGAUGCCAAUAUGACGCAAUUGAAUAAACUUGGCGAAUCGUCUGUUUCACCACUCAGGGAAAUCCAAUCUAUUCUGCCACCACUAUCACACUUCGAAAAUAUUCCAUACGAACCAAUCACGACAUCCUCAUUAGACAAGGCCGCGGAUACCCUAUCACCUGCAAUGAGUGAUGACCACCAUUUAAUCACCAACGAAUGGAGUUUUCCCACACAACAGGCCGCAGAUCGUGACAAAUUCACGGACCCAAACAAAGACGAACGAAACGCAGAACCAGCAAAAAUAGCCCCCAUGCAACAGUUCCAUAGUCCGAAACAUUUUUUUUCGCCCAUUAAUCCCAGAUUGAUUAAACCCCCGCCACCGUCAUCAUCAACACCGCCAAUAGCCCCACCAAUGUUUGCCAAUCCACCUGAUUUGUUUGUGGCGAACGCAUUGGCCAGUCCCUGCCACCGUCCUGUGAUAACAGCCAAUCAAACUAUGGAAACUUCCGUAUAUCCAGCACCAUCACUACCGCUACCACCCCCACCAGUGCAGAUGCCUCCGGUCGUUCCAGUUCCAUAUAGUUCGGAUUCAUCGUUUUAUGAUGGGAAUCUUGAGGAUCUUCUACUUGAAAUCGAAACACUGCAAAUACAACUGGAAAAGCAUAAAUCAUACUCACAAGAAAAACUCCCAACAAACGAACCUUUCUCAACGCGGAAACCAUACAGAUCAGAAAUGAAUUUGGUCGUAUCAUGCAAUGGCUGCAAGUCAAGCAUUACGCCUAUAGCAAAACAAACCUCAGCAUCCCUAUCAACAGGAUUCGAUUACAAAUCUGACUAUUUCCCGAAUAAUUCGCUGAUGAUGGACACUCCUCCGCCAAAUAUUCCGCAACCAAUGAUCCUCUUCCCUCAGAAUCUUACGUAUUUGGCACGAGAUACUUAUGACCAUGGCGGCUCAGUUCCAAUACUCAAUGAUAUCACGGAAUACCCAAUUCGUCCACCAACUUCAGCGAUGGUGGAUUUAGGACGAACGAAUAUAAAGACGGGAGCACCUGGACUUCCCAUGACCGCCUUAAACGUGAUUGAUGGCGCUCCAUUAAGUUGUGAAGAGCCAAUCGCAACAACAUUGGCCCCGACCUCAAGUGCCACGCCUCCAAUUCCUGGUGUUGGAGCUUCUGUGAACCUAGGAGGUACCUCGAUGCAAACGGGAGAGAACUCCCUGAAGGACACAACGGAGCUAAGUGGAUCAGGGACCAAGUUAGAGACGAAAAAAAGUCCAGCUGCGAUUCGAAGGAAGUUAUUUUCUGGUCUGCGCGAGGACAGCAAAUCUGGGAGCACAAGUGAAACCAAUGUUGGAGGAAUGGAUAAGCUUCCUGAGCGAGCUGACAGCAAUGCUUCGGAUAAUUUACAAAAUGACAGCUCAUCAGGAUCGGAUACCACUAAACGGAAAGCCCCAAGACGGAUCUCCAUAACAUUCAGUGAUACGAGAAAAUACGACGAAGAAAAAAACGAAAAAUAUUGUGAUCGAAAAACAGAGGAAAACACACUAUCAAAUAAGGUGACAACCUCCCAAAUCGGUACCAGCCUAACGAGUGACCUCCAAAAAAGUCACAAAGCUCCAUGCGACCUAAUCACCCAGAGCACCCCGAAUUCUCCGCAUUUUGGGGCAAGACGAACUAGCAACGCUGGCCAUUCCCAUCAUCAUCAUCAUCAUCACCAUCACGGUGCAACUACGCACCAUUGCACGCGUAAAUUAAGUGAAGAAUCAAUGAAAUAUCCUCGAAAAUGUUCACGACGAUAUAGUGAAGGCACAGUGGAUACCUUGCCGGCUCAUAGCUCCUUUGGUUCAGCGUAUAGUGGGGCAAGUGGUGCUGGUGCAUCGGCCAUUGUUGCCAUGGAUGGCAGACGACAGGGCAGCAGUAACUUUCAUGAGGUCGGAACUUCAGUGUCGGAAAGGAAUAGUAAUAGCUUUGCGUCGUCACGUGAAUCCUCCACCAGUCAGAGUACGCAUUCGCAACGCAGAAAAAUCUCAGUUAGCUCACAUAAUGGCGGUAAGAUUCCGUGGUGUGGCUGUUGGGGUAAUGGUUGCCUUUAACACUUUCUCUUUUUUUUUUUAUUUAUAUAUAAAAAUUCUGUAUCUGAUUGUAAAAGCGAGUGCUAAUAAUUACUGAAGACAUUCAAUUAUAUGUAAAUUUUAAAAUAUUACUUUUAACAAAUCAUAGAAACCUUUACUAUUAAUAUUAUAUGUAAUAUCAAAUUAAUUAAAUA